ACGUCCCCUUUAGCAUCGGUAUUUCCUGAAUGAGCCAGCCCCAUGCGCGCAUGCGCAGUGCUACCCACAAGCCGGGACAGGGGGCGGGGCCGUGACCUUUGACCCCCCGCGCCCACGUGGUGCUGCACGCGGGGUUCAGCUAUGGCGGAGCCUUUCCAAGGUGCGGAGAGCGAAGAGGUGACGGACAGCGAGGAGGAGAGUGUCUACUCGGGGCUGGAGGAGUCGGGAAGCGACAGCAGCGAGGAGGAGGAAGAGGAGGAGGAUGAAGGCUCUGAUGGCUCCUCACCCCCCCCGACGCGGACUCCCAGGAAGAGCAAAACCUUGGAGGACGAGUCAGCGUUGGAGGGCAACGAGGCUCUGCUCGCUCAGAACGAAUAUGAAGAAGACAGCUCAGACGAGGAGUGCAUCCCUCUCGGUGCCGGGGUGGUGCCAGCAUGGCAGUGGGCAUCGGCAGCUCACGCUCGGGCUUUACUUCGCUCCUACUGAGAACGACAUUCGCAACACGGUGGGCAACAUCCCCAUGGAGUGGUACCAGGACUUCCCACACAUCGGAUACAACUUGGAUGGCAAGAAGAUCUACAAGCCCAUCCGGAACAAGGAUGAGCUGGACAUGUUCUUGGAGAAGAUGGAGAAUCCCGACUACUGGCGAACAAUCCAGGACAAGAUGACGGGAGCAGAUAUAAAGCUGACGGACGAGCAGGUGGAGCUGGUGCAGCGGCUCCAGAGGGGACAGUUUGGGGAUGUCCACUUCAAUCCCUAUGAGCCGGCCGUUGACUUCUUCACCCACGAGGUCAUGAUCCACCCGGUGACGAAUCGCCCGGCAGACAAGCGGAGCUUCAUCCCCUCUCUCAUCGAGAAGGAGAAGGUCUCCAAGCUAGUCCACGCUAUCAAGAUGGGUUGGAUCAAGCCCCGCAAGCCCAAGGAUGACACACCUACCUACUAUGACCUUUGGGCCCAUGAAGAUCCCAACUCCAUCCUGGGCCGCCACAAGAUGCACGUCCCAGCCCCCAAGAUGAAGCUGCCUGGGCACGAGGAGUCCUACAACCCACCGCCCGAGUAUCUGCUCAGCGAGGAGGAGAAGCUGGCGUGGGAGCAGCAGGAGCCGGCCGAGCGGAAGCUGAACUUCGUGCCGCAGCAGUACCGGUGCCUGCGGGCGGUUCCCGCCUACCCGCGCUUCAUCCAUGAACGCUUCGAGCGUUGCUUGGACCUCUACCUCUGUCCACGCCAGAGGAAAAUGCGGGUCAACGUGGAUCCAGAGGAUUUGAUUCCCAAGUUGCCAAAGCCACGGGAUCUGCAGCCCUUCCCAACCACCCAGGCCUUGAUCUACCGUGGACACACCAGUCUGGUGCGUUGCCUCAGCAUCUCUCCCACUGGGCAGUGGUUGGUCUCAGGCUCUGAUGACGGCACGGUGAGGUUCUGGGAGGUGUGCACGGCUCGCUGCAUGAAGACCUUGCCUGUGGGUGGCGUGGUGAAGAGCGUCGCCUGGAACCCCAACCCCACCAUCUGCCUGGUGGCCAUCUGCGUGAACCAGUCAGUGCUGCUGGUGAACCCCUGCCUUGGGGACAAACUGCUCUACGGGGCCACCGACCACCUCCUCGAGUCCUACGAAGCACCGGAGGAGGAACGCAUCCAACCUGUGCAGUGGGUGACGGCCAACGUUGAGGAGCACAGCAAAGGCAUCCGCUUGCUCAUCCAACACAGCAAGGCCCUGAAGCAGGUGACCUGGCACGGCAAAGGUGACUACUUGGCCAGCGUCGUGACUGACAACAGCAACAUGCAAGUCCUGAUCCACCAAACCAGCAAACGUUGGAGCCAGAACCCCUUCCGCAAGAGCAAAGGGCUGGUGCAGUGCGUGCUCUUCCACCCCAUCCGACCCUAUUUCUUCGUGGCCACUCAACGCUACGUCCGUGUCUACAACCUUCUCAAGCAGGAGCUCACCAAGAAGCUGAUGGCCAACUGUAAGUGGGUGUCCAGCAUGGCCAUCCACCCUGGAGGUGACAACAUCAUCUGCGGCAGCUACGACAGCAAGCUGGCGUGGUUUGACUUGGACCUCUCCACCAGGCCCUACCAGCUGCUGCGGCACCACAAGAAAGCCCUGCGGAGCGUGGCCUUCCACAAACAUUACCCGCUCUUUGCUUCCGGCUCGGAUGAUGGGACCGUCAUCGUUUGCCAUGGCAUGGUCUACAACGACCUCCUGCAGAACCCACUGCUGGUGCCCGUCAAGGUGCUGAAGGGCCACGUGCAGACCUUGGACCUGGGUGUCCUUGAUGUCAUCUUCCACCCCACCCAGCCCUGGGUCUUCUCUUCUGGAGCUGACGGCACCGUCCGGCUCUACACGUAACUGCCGUCAGCGCCAGCAACGCCCCCGACCCAACGCCAGCACCUCGUGAUGGGCAACUCCAGGACAUCACGUUCUGCUGGGAACAUCGAUCCCGUUCCUCCACACCGAAUCCUUCCUCAUUAAAGUAUUUU